AUGGUUUUCAAGCUACUCAAAUUGCAGAUCCUUCGUGGAUCACUAGCUAAGCGUUUGCUUCUAAGGAUUCUGUUUUUCGCAUUGACUAUGGUUGCCAUUUCAUUCACCCAAAUUGUUCACGAUAUUCGAACAAUGGAGCCAAUCGCAAUGAAUUUCGAUAAAUGUUCCUUGAAUCUUCUUGGCUCAGAGUCGCAAUCGAAUCACUCUGCUUUUACGUUACCUUUCAUCAGCUCGUUUCCUUGGGCUCGGUGCGAUGAAACCGAGAAUAUUACUUCCAAUGUAUUUAAAGAGCUGAUUGAAAAGAAUUUGCUUGAUUCCGACUCCAAAUCACUUUGCGUCGGCGAAGAUUCAGAAUCCGCCAUUAAAGCUUUACACAAAUCCGGUGUAUCCGAUGCUGUUGGAAUCCAUAGACACCCAUUUGUCUCACUGGCCAGAAAACGAUUCAUAUACUCGCUGGACUAUACUGAUAACCAUUUCGACUUCGUUUUCUCCAGAGCCAUAGACCGCGUUUCGGUUCCCGCCCUUCUUGUUCUCGAGAUCGAACGUGUCUUGAAACCUGGAGGCACCGGAGCUAUACUCAUCGGAGGUAGCUUCUACAACGCCGGCUUGAUAAGAUCAGUCAUACCCGUGUCGUCUUUCCUUAGAAAUUCGGAAAUCAUUCACGUUUGUGGGAUGAUGGGUUCAUUUACUCUGGUUAUUUUCAAGAAAAUUAUUGUCAAUCGGUUUGUACUCCCAAAAGACUGCCCUUCUCCUUCUUCUUCCAUCUCCAAUAAGCCUUUGAAUAUUUCGACAAGAAAUAGGUUGGUUUACAUAAGCAUAAAUGCUGGGGAGUUCAUGACAUCAAACAUUGUGAAGAAGUUAAAGGCGACGUAUCCAAUGAAACCGCAAGCUUUCAACGCUUAUGUUAUCGAGAAUGACGCUACCGCCCUUUCAGCUUACGUUAAGGAACCUGGGAUCACUUUUGUUUACCAUCCGGGGAUGGGAGGUGUUGAGAGAGUUCUGACCAGCAGCGAACCACCGCAAGAGGAAGAAGAUGAAUUUGAUUUCAUCCGUUGGUUUAAAGAGACUGUUAUGGAAGGUGACUUUGUGGUGUUGAUAAUGAACGGAAGGGAAGUUGAAUUGAAGAUUCUCUUCCAGAUGUUCGAAAGUGGGGCGAUAUGCAAGACGGAUCAAGUGUUGGUUCGGUGCGAGGAUUGUGGGAGACGCGGGUGUGGUGCAUGUGAGGAUGUGUUUGCGGGGCUGAGGAACAGCGGCGUCUCUGUUCAUAAGUGGACCAUGAAGGAGGGGCAGUAG